ACCAAUUUUUCUCUCCCUCUUAAUACCUUUUUUCAGUGACAUCUCAACCCAAUAAACAAAUAAUAAAUAGUGCCAGAUUUCCUUCCAUUCCAUUAUUGUUACCAUAGAAAAAGUAAAAUAGAAAACGACAGCCCAUGGCCAUGGGUUUACAAAUAUAAAGUUUAAUAUUUGCCUUUUUCUGGUGAAAUUUUAUUGACAUACCAUAAUAAGCAGCUUGACGUCGGAUUGGAUUCUCUUGGCGGAUUCCUCUAGACCAAAAAGUCUCUUUCUUUUGCUGGGAUUCUUUUUCCACAGAAACUCUUUAUAUAUACAUAAUAAUCUUUUGUUUAUUUUGCCAAAGGAUUACCCAAGUUUUCAUCUUGUACCAGAUGAGCUUUGGGUCUGCAAAAGUUUGUCUAUUUUCUUGAGUGAUCUUUUUUCGUGCAUUUUGUGUGAUUGGCUCAAAAGAAAUUAAAGGACCGGAGCUUCAAUCCAGUCAGGCAUAUCAUUUUCAUACUCUUCUGCUGUUGAUGAUUUUGUGAGCUGCAUUUGCAUUUCAACAUGAACAACCAGUAUGGUGAUGAUCAUGAUGAAGCAACUGUCCUCGGAUUUGAAGUUCCAAAGUCACCCGAUUCAAGUUACAACAAUGUGUACCCGGGCACGGAAGACGAGGCACGGGAUCCACCUAUUGUUCCUCCUCAUCUGCAACACACUGUUCUUAGCUGCCCUAGCAGAGACAGUGCUGGAUCUAUUUCGACGCCACACAAUGUGAUCCUCAACCAUCUUUACAUCGAGAACAGGGAGGCCCCGCGAUCUGUAGUGGCAUUGGGGUUCACUCAUCGCUUUCGAUCAAAAUUUGUUACUGUUGUGCUUUACAAACCAGUUCAAAGAAGGGGAAAUACCAGCGCUUAGAAGUGCUUAUAGGACACACCUUCUUUAGGGUUUGGUUUAGUAGUCCGGUAGUCCUGGUUAAAAUGAAACUAGUGGUGAUAAAAAUUAAUAGAAGAUUAAUGAUGAAGGAUAUUUAUUGCAGUCAUAGAAGCGGAUGAACUUUGGCUCACAUUUACUGAAGUUCUUUGUGGGCUUCAAUUAUGGAUAGUGUGU